GUCGCGCACAACACGGAUGCGCGCAAAGCAGUGAUGAACUGCGAGGAGAGAGAGAGGAGUUGUGUUGUAGUGAACGUCACUUUCGCUGUUUUAUUGAGACUUUGGAAACCGAUUGCAAAAUGUCUGACAAAAUGUCGAAUCAAUCGAAUCAACAAAACGCGACAAAAGUGUCCACAACUGACCGCAUCAUCAAAAGCGUUCCGUUCCCGCCGUCUCACAAGCUGUCGAUGGCCGACGUGUUUGAGGCCAAGACGGGGAAACCGCGCACAGAGAUCCUCAAACAGCACUUCAUUCUGGAGGGUAGGAUCGAGGAGAACGUCGCCCUCCGCAUCAUCAACGAGGGCGCCGCACUUCUGCGCUCCGAGAAGACCAUGAUCGACAUCGAGGCGCCCGUCACGGUCUGCGGCGACAUUCACGGCCAGUUCUACGACCUCAUGAAGCUGUUCGAAGUGGGCGGUCCGCCCUCGCAGACCAAGUACCUGUUCCUCGGCGACUACGUCGACCGGGGCUACUUCUCCAUCGAGUGCGUGCUCUACUUGUGGUCGCUGAAGCUGUGCUUCCCGACGACGCUGUUUCUGCUGCGCGGGAACCACGAGUGCCGCCAUCUCACCGAAUACUUCACUUUCAAAACCGAAUGCAAAAUCAAAUACUCGGAGCGCGUGUACGACGCCUGCAUGGAAGCCUUCGACUGUCUGCCGUUGGCCGCUCUCAUGAACGGACAGUUCCUCUGCGUUCACGGAGGUCUGUCGCCGGAAGUGCACACUUUGGACGACAUCAAGAAGCUGGACCGCUUCAAGGAGCCGCCGGCGUUCGGCCCGAUGUGCGACCUGCUGUGGUCGGACCCGUUGGAGGACUUCGGCAACGAGAAGUCGAAUGUGGAGCACUUCACGCACAACAGCGUGCGCGGCUGCUCCUACUUCUACUCGUACGGCGCGUGCUGCGAGUUCCUGCAGCAGAACAACCUCCUCUCCAUCAUCCGCGCCCACGAGGCGCAGGACGCCGGCUACCGGAUGUACCGCAAGUCGGUGGUCACCGGCUUCCCCUCCCUCAUCACCAUCUUCUCGGCGCCCAACUAUCUGGACGUGUACAACAACAAGGCGGCCGUCUUGAAGUACGAGAACAACGUGAUGAACAUCCGGCAGUUCAACUGCUCGCCGCAUCCCUAUUGGCUGCCCAACUUCAUGGACGUGUUCACGUGGUCGCUGCCCUUCGUCGGCGAGAAAGUGACCGAAAUGCUCGUCAAUCUCCUCAACAUCUGUUCGGACGACGAGUUGAUCACCGAAGGCGAGGAGAGCUUCGAGAGCGAACUCGAAGACGGCAUAGCGUCGGCGCGCAAAGAGGUGAUCCGCAACAAGAUCCGCGCCAUCGGCAAAAUGGCGCGCGUGUUCUCCGUUCUGCGCGAAGAGAGCGAAUCCGUGCUCCAACUCAAAGGUCUCACUCCCACCGGAACUCUACCUCUCGGCGCGCUCUCCGGCGGCAAGAACACGCUCAGGAACGCGCUGGCCGGCUUCUCGCCGCACCACAAGAUCGCGAGCUUCGAGGAGGCGAAGGGUUUGGACAAAAUGAACGAAAGAAUGCCUCCGCGGAAGGAGGCGCCGCCGCCGCCGCCAACCGACAAAUCCAUUGACAGCUAA